UGCGGCGGCGGGCGAGGCCCGCGUGCGGGGCGCGACCCGGGGAGAGCGCGGCGCGGGCCGGGGCGCGGGGCAGCGCCGGGAGGACACACGGGGCCGGCGCCCGCGGCGGCCGAGCGGGGCUCCGCGAGGGGCGCGGGCACCUGAGACGCGGCCCCGGGCGGCUCCCUCGGUGACGCGGCCGCGCUCCUUCCUCUUCCUCUCGCCGCCCGGCCCCGCCUUCCCUUCCUCCGCCCACCUCCCGAAGCCGAGCCGCCGCCGCCGCAGCGCCGUCAUGUCGGCCCCCGCCGGCUCCCCGCGUCCGGCCGCCAGCGCCCGCAUCCCGCCCCGGCUCGGCGGAGCCGCCGCCUCAGGAGCCGCGGCGCCCGCGGGCCCGGGCCCGACGCCGCCCCAGCAGAACGGUCCAGCACAGAAUCAAAUGCAGGUUCCAUCUGGAUAUGGACUGCAUCCUCAAAACUAUAUUGCUCCCUCGGGACAUUGUGCUCAAGGACCUGGGAAAAUGACCUCAUUGCCAUUGGACAGCCAGUGUGGUGAUUACUACUCUGGCCUCUAUACGGUACCAACACAAAAUGUGGUAACUCCUAACACAGCAAGCCAACAACCAGGAGCACAGCAGAUGUAUGGCAGGGUCCUUCCUGCCCCUCAUGUUGUGGGAUCCACGCUGGGGUCUUUCCCAGGUGCCGUCUCAUCAGCAUCCCAUUUGCAUACGAGUGCCUCUGUGAAUCACUACAAUAGUCCAGCCAUGGACUCUGCCAACUCUUCUGUUGCUUCUCAGGGAUUUCCCUCUACUUGUGGUCACUAUGCUGUGUCAACCGUUUCUAAUGCGUAUCCUCGUGUCUCGUAUCCCUCUCUCCCUGCUGGUGAUCCAUAUGGGCAGCAAAUGUUUACCUCACAGAGUGCUCCGCCUGUCAGACCGAUGAGAGAUCAUUCAUUUUCUGGUCAGAAUACAGCUGUUGGCCAUCCACCACCGCUUCCACCUCCACCAUCACAGCAGUACCACCAGCAGCAGAAUCUUUCAGGGUACAGUACUCUCUCGUGGUCAGCUUCAGGCCUUCCGUCGGCUCAAGACAAUCUCAUCCGAAACCACACUGGCUCCCUGGCUACAGCGAACAGCAACCCAACAAAUCCCGUUGCAGAUUCUUUAUCGUGUUCUGUUAUGCAAAAUGUUCAGCCUCCCGCAUCCAGCCCAGUAGUGUCCACCAUGUUGUCAGGAGCCUCGUCGACAAGGACGCCUCCUCCUGCAAGUUACCCGGCUGAGCCUGUGGCCUCAGCUCCACAGCCAUCAGAGCUGGUGCAACAGAAAGGCAUGCAGUAUGGUGACUAUGUUAAUAAUCAAGCUAGCUCCGCGCCAACUCCCUUGUCAUCCACUUCCGAUGAUGAGGAAGAGGAGGAGGAGGAUGAGGAAGCAGGUGUGGACAGCUCUUCUACCACGAGCAGUGCUUCUCCAGUGCCCAAUAGUUAUGAUGCCCUAGAAGGAGGCAGCUACCCAGAUAUGCUUUCUUCAUCAGCGAGCAGUCCUGCUCCCGAUCCCGCUCCUGAACCUGACGCUGUUCCAGCUCCCGCUGCUGCUGUUCCUCAGCCUUCAAAAGCGCCCAAGCCCUUUGGGUAUGGUUAUCCAGCUCUUCAGCCUGGUUAUCAGAAUGCUGCCGCGCCCCCUAGUUCUGGAGCUCCGCCCACAGGCCCCGCGUAUUCUGGAUUCCAGCAGUGCGCUCAGCAGUAUCCUGGUCUGAACCAGCUGUCCACUGGCCUGGGAGGGCUGAGUCUUCAGAGUUCUCCACAGCCAGAGAGCCUGCGACCUGUGAACCUCACUCAGGAGAGGAAUGUUUUACCCAUGACUCCUGUGUGGGCACCUGUCCCUAACUUGAAUUUAGAACUCAGAAAAUUAAACUGUAGCCCAGAUUCAUUUCGGUGUACUCUGACAAAUAUUCCACAGACACAGGCUCUACUGAAUAAAGCUAAGCUUCCCUUAGGAUUGUUGUUACAUCCCUUCAGAGACCUAACGCAAUUACCGGUGAUCACGUCCAACACCAUCGUGAGGUGCCGCUCCUGCCGCACGUACAUCAACCCCUUCGUGUCCUUCAUCGACCAGCGCAGGUGGAAGUGCAACCUGUGCUAUCGGGUGAACGACGUUCCUGAAGAAUUUAUGUAUAACCCCCUGACCCGAUCUUAUGGAGAGCCUCAUAAGCGACCAGAAGUUCAGAAUUCAACAGUGGAGUUCAUUGCCUCUUCAGAUUACAUGCUUCGUCCUCCUCAACCUGCAGUUUACUUGUUUGUUUUAGAUGUGUCUCAUAAUGCGGUGGAAGCUGGAUAUUUGACAAUUUUAUGCCAGUCACUGUUAGAAAAUCUAGACAAGCUUCCUGGAGAUUCACGAACAAGAAUAGGAUUCAUGACCUUUGACAGCACUAUUCAUUUCUACAAUUUACAAGAAGGAUUAUCACAGCCUCAAAUGUUGAUUGUGUCUGAUAUAGACGAUGUUUUUCUGCCUAUACCAGAUAGCUUACUUGUGAAUCUCUAUGAAAGUAAAGAGCUUAUAAAAGACUUACUGAAUGCAUUACCAACUAUGUUCACCAAUACAAGAGAGACACACAGUGCCCUUGGUCCUGCGCUUCAGGCUGCCUUUAAAUUAAUGUCUCCAACAGGCGGCCGCGUGUCUGUGUUUCAGACACAGUUACCUUCCUUGGGCGCAGGACUUCUGCAGUCCAGAGAAGAUCCCAAUCAGAGAUCAAGCACAAAGGUUGUACAGCAUCUUGGCCCUGCAACUGAUUUUUAUAAGAAACUCGCUUUAGAUUGCUCAGGGCAGCAGACUGCAGUGGAUCUGUUCCUUCUCAGUUCACAGUAUUCUGACCUUGCUUCGCUAGCGUGCAUGUCCAAGUAUUCUGCAGGGUGCGUCUAUUAUUAUCCAUCUUUCCACUAUACUCACAAUCCUUCACAAGCAGAAAAGUUACAAAAAGACCUAAAGCGAUAUCUCACAAGAAAAAUUGGAUUUGAAGCUGUUAUGAGAAUAAGGUGCACUAAAGGUCUUUCGAUGCACACUUUUCACGGGAACUUCUUCGUCCGUUCCACUGACUUGCUGUCGCUCGCCAACAUCAAUCCUGACGCAGGGUUUGCAGUGCAGCUGUCGAUUGAGGAGAGUCUGACAGACACGUCCCUGGUGUGCUUUCAGACGGCCCUGCUGUACACGUCCAGCAAAGGUGAGCGGAGAAUAAGAGUGCAUACACUUUGUCUGCCGGUGGUCAGCUCAUUACCAGAUGUGUAUGCAGGAGUGGAUGUACAAGCUGCCAUCUGCCUCCUGGCGAACAUGGCUGUGGAUCGAUCAGUUUCAUCAAGUCUGUCAGAUGCAAGAGAUGCCUUAGUGAACGCUGUGGUGGAUUCGCUAUCCGCGUACGGCUCCGCAGUCUCCAGUUUACAGCACUCUGCGUUGAUAGCACCCAGCUCCCUCAAGUUGUUUCCGCUCUAUGUUUUGGCCCUUCUCAAACAGAAAGCAUUUAGGACUGGUACAAGCACACGCCUGGAUGAUCGCGUGUAUGCCAUGUGUCAGAUAAAGUGUCAGCCGCUGGUUCAUCUAAUGAAAAUGAUCCAUCCCAACUUAUACAGGAUAGACAGACUGACGGAUGAGGGUGCAAUACAUGUUAAUGACAGGGUUGUACCUCAGCCACCUCUUCAGAAGUUGUCAGCAGAGAAGCUGACAAGAGAAGGUGCUUUCCUUAUGGACUGUGGCUCUGUUUUUUACAUUUGGGUUGGAAAAAGCUGUGACAAUAACUUCAUCGAAGAUGUGCUUGGGUAUCCUAAUUUCGCAUCAAUACCACAGAAAAUGACACAUCUUCCAGAGCUAAAUACACUUUCGUCAGAAAGAGCCAGAUCCUUUAUAACAUGGCUUAGAGACAACAGACCAUUAAGCCCAAUUCUUCACGUGGUGAAAGACGAGAGUCCUGCCAAAACGGAAUUUUUUCAGCAUUUGAUUGAAGACCGGACAGAAGCUGCCUUCUCUUACUAUGAAUUUUUGCUUCACGUUCAGCGGCAGAUUUGUAAGUGAAGUGGAAUAAAGUUGAAUAAGAAGAUCCACAGCCUGGUUGAAGCAUAACCUGUCAGAGAGGCACGGGGGGGAGAGGGACAGGAGGUGCCUGUUACAGCACACAGUGCGGCACAGCACCCCUGAGUGCUGACGAAAGGUUGGGAGGAAGGACCGAGACAGAUUCCCUGCAGCCUCAUUGAUGGGGUGGGUUGCUCUCUCACCAGGUCUGUUUUGAGUCAGUUUCUACACAUUUCCAGUAGUGCAGCAGUAUAGCGCUCUGUUCAUUGCAAGACGGCAAGUUUAGGUAGCCACGUGGGAUGAUCUGUCAUAAUGUAAAAUUAGAUCAGUUCUUUUUUCUGAUAAAUUAAUAUAACAUUUCUGGACUUGAACUCUGACAAGAGAUGCCAAAAGGCAGUGGUACCCAUGUUAUUUAUAUGAAUUACUUUUUAACAAGGAAUGAUUCGUAUUCAUUAAAUGAAUUCAAUAUUUUCCCUGUAAAAACAAUAGAGUUUCAGUACGUGAACUAUAGAAAAUAUACAUAAUGUACAUAAAUGUUACAUUUGUAAAGAAAAUGUAGAAAUGUAACUACAGAAUGUGAGUUGCGUGAACUGCUGCAUUGUUGGGAGACAGUUCUUUUUGUCGCAGUUAGAGGAUGAGGUUGACUAAUGCGUGUCAUGAAUUGAGUCCACAAAAGGAACACAAAACUCUUUGUAAUUCUGUUAAAUCUUUUAUGUGGAUUUAUUUAUGAUCAGCCUACUAAUUAAAAAUAUUUUGCUUGACAA